GGUUGCAUGUAUGCGUGGUAUGCAAUGCUACGCCGUCAUGAUGAUGAUGAUGGUGGUGGUAGUGUGCGCGCUUUGGUGGUAGAGCAGCAGCGAGCAGUAGCAGAAACAAAAGUGGCCUCCUGCAACCCAGCAGCACAUAGCCGCACUGGGAAAAACCAACGGACGACGGUGUAAAAAAGCGCAGGGAAAUCUCGGAAUAUUUUAACGAAACCCGGUGGCAACAAUCUGUUCUGUACAUUCUGUGGACAGGCAAGGAAUGUACGCAUCAUCGCGCAUCAUCGCAUCAGCCGCACCGUGGAGGAGAUGAGGAUGACGAGAAGGUGUUGCGGUACCGCCAGCUCCUCGUACCCGUCGUCGUCGUCGUCGUCGUAGUUGCACGUUCCUCGUGCAGGGAUCGAACGAACCAACCGCCGAAGAAUAAGAUGGCGAUCCUGCUGUGUAAGGAGGAUGCGGCCGUGUAGUGCGCCGUUCGUUGUGCUCGCGAUAGAAGUGUGCAAUGUACUAGUUCCGGAUCUCCUGAGGAUAUACACGACUACUGACCAUUCGGUCCCUAGGACUUACGCGGUGCGACGGCCGAGACAACGCGCACCGUUGCUGGAGCAAAAGUGUUACUACAGUGCGUUGUAGCGGAUAGCGCGGAGAAGGCUCCGUGUUCCGUCCGUGUUCCGUCUGUGUGCCCCCGGGAUACUCUUCCUCUCUCUCUGUCUCUCGGCACACGGCAGCAAAAGGAGGACGCGUGCGUGUGUCACGCGUAGGCCAAGGGGCGAGUGGUACGACAGCGACAUCCACGAAGACGACGGACGACCACAAUCAAACGUGUAGUAGUAGUCGCACAAUCAACCGCAAUCCUGUCUGACGUUGCUGUCGCCUUCACCGCCGCCGUCUGCCCAGCGCCAUCGAGACGGUUUGAAGAGAAGCACAGGAAGGACACGCAGCCACAUAGUAGCUGCCACUGAUAAUGAGCAACUAGCAACUAGGGCUGGUUGUAGGUGGUGUAGUGCAGUGCCGCGCGGUGUGCUGGUUGUGACAAAGUGAAAAAGAUCCCUGAGUAUGACAACAAGACCAUACCAAACAUAUACUGCAUCACUUGUGACAUUCCCGAAAAUCAGCCCUCGGUGCACGCAUCGGCAACAUGGCAUCGGUGUUGAUGUGGCCGCACUACUGCCGUACUAUGCAAUUCGCUAGGACAACCUCUCAUAGAAUCGCGGCUGCUGCCACAGUCGCUUCAAUGCCGCGUGCCGCUGCUGCAUCGUCGGACUUGCGUCUGUUACUGUCAGUGUACCGGCAGUGAGGUGUGCCCGCGUCCUGGCACCGCAAUCGCAAACCCCACCCCACGCAAAUACCCUGGAAGAGAGGGCAAAACCGUUUGUCGACGACGCGGCAUCAAGCAAACCCCGAAAACCACAUCAAUCAAACUCUGUUCAGCAAACGAACGCACCCGUAUCAUGCGACGAUAGUGGCCUGCCAGAAGGGGUGGGCAGUAGUGGUACUUGAAGUACUGUUUGCGCGUUACUAUUAGUGCGUGUGUGUGUGUGUGUACCGGUCGAUCGAUCGACCGACCGACCGACCGAUCGCGGUGGCCUGGUGGUCAUCGUCUAGUGGGCCGUAUAAUAGUGAUCGUUCCCAGAAGAAAGUGUGUCCUUUUGCGCGCGCGCGCGCGUGUGUGUAUGUGCCCAGGAUAAACGGGUCCUAUAAAUCAACACAAGCGGCUAAGCGGGAUUGUCUGGCGCGCGCGCGGCAAUACUGCGUUCAGUGCGCUUCGAUCCCGUACGCCUCGUGCCGUUCCGUUCCGUUCCGUUGCACCAUCCUUCACACCGAGAGGCAGACGGGGUCGCCGUGUCGGUCGACUGUAGAAGCAAUACCUUCUCGAAUAUGGAUAAACACCUGUCGCUCCUACUACUGCUGUGCUAUGCGCUGUACCAGAGGCUCGAUGUCGUUCAUGGCGAUCAGGUCGUUCUACUGGACACAACGAAGGAGGCAACGCUGGAAUGGACCCGAUAUCCUUAUGGACCACAGGCCCAGACACCUGGGUGGGUCGAGGAAUCGUUCACGAACUUCGUGAAGGGCAUCAACUGGCGUAGCUACGUGGUGUGCGAUGUGGCGUACAACAACGUCAACAACUGGCUCUGGUCGCCGUUCAUCGAUCGGGGGCCGGCCAACCGGCUGUACAUUGAGAUUCACUUCACGAUACGCGACUGCUCGCUGUUCCCGGGGAACGCGCUGUCGUGCAAAGAAACGUUCAGCCUGCUGUUCUACGAGUUCGAUGCGGCGACGCGCGAACCACCACCAUGGCAGCCGGAAAGCUACAAGCUGAUCGGUCGAAUCGCGGCCGGUGAGGGCCGAUUUAACCAGAACUCGGACGUCGACAUUAACGUGGAGGUGAAGAGCAUCGCCGUGACGAAGAAGGGCGUGUACUUUGCGUUCCGGGACCAGGGCGCCUGCAUUUCGGUGCUGGCCGUAAAGGUGUACUACAUCACCUGCCCGGCGGUCACCAUCAACUUUGCACACUUCAACGAAACACCGACCGGGCGCGAGGUCACGAUCAUCGAGCAGCAGAUGGGCGUGUGCGUGGAAAAUGCGGAAGCGUUCGAGCAGCCGACCUAUCUGUGCAAGGGCGAUGGCAAGUGGACGAUCCUGAGCGGUGGCUGCCGAUGCAAGGUCGGCUACGAGCCGGACAACGAGAAGCAGACGUGCAAUGUCUGUCCGGUCGGCAAGUUCCGGUCGGCCGAGGUGAAGGCGUGCACAAUCUGCCCGCUCAACUCGAAAUCGAUCAAGAUUGGCUCACCGUACUGCCCGUGCCUGAACGGGCACUACCGGCAUCCGCGCGACGGCAAGCACAUGCCGUGCUACAAACCGCCUGGCAUGCCCACCAACCUGACGCUGCUGUUUAUCGAUCAGACGAGCGCGAUCCUAUCGUGGAAUGCGCCGCAGCGCGCACCCGACGAGCAGCUCGAUCCGGUGUUCCGCAGUGAUAUCGUGUUUCGUGUCAAGUGUGCCGCCUGCACCUCGAACGUCGUGUUCAACCCGUCGAGCGAGACGUUCAACGAUACGAAGCUAACGUUGACCAACCUGGAGCCGGUCACGACCUAUACCGUGCAGAUACACUCGCAGCACGGCGUCUCGUAUCCAAUCGUCAAUCCGGAGGCACCCGGAACCGGUGGGACCGGUGGUAUGUACGAAAACGUCAGUACGGUAGGGUACGGUGGGCACUACGGCUACCAUGCCACGGAGCCAACACCGGUGGUGAACGUGCGGGCCGCUUCCGAUCUCGACGAGAUUAAGACUGAGUUUGCGGAGAUCACUUUUACCACGGAGUCCGCCAUCCUGAGCACCGUAUUCAACGUGAAAGUCAUUCAAAUCACCAACAAGGACGCCGACCUGGUUUGGGACAAACCGAUGCACAGCGAUUCGCCGAUCGAGUACUACGAGGUGCGCUGGUUCCCAAAGUCGGAGGUAGACGCUAUGAACAAGUCAGUGUUGAGCACGAAGGAAUCGAAGGUGCACAUAGGUGAUCUGCUCGAGAAUACCGAAUACGGGUUUCAGGUUCGUUGCAAAACGCUCAACGGUUGGGGCACAUUCAGCAACAUCGUUUACGCACAGACACACCAGAGUGUCAGUCCCGUUUAUGAUGAUUCGUUCCAAAUGCGCAUUGUUGCCGGUACUACCGUGAUGGUUGUCGUCCUCCUUGUUCUGGUAAUCGUCGUCACGGUAGUAUUUCUGAAGUCGAAGAAUCACGAUGACAUCGACAAAAAGACCAACAAUCAUUUGCCGCUACCACUGGACUACGCUAGCAACGAAGUGCACGCGAUGGAUACGACCCCUAUAGUCAAAACGAUGAAAAGCAACGUGACGACACCGCUUUUCGGAACAAGCAGGAGUUAUGUGGACCCGCACACGUAUGAAGAUCCCAACCAAGCUAUCCGCGAGUUUGCGCGCGAAAUAGACGCCAGCUAUAUCACGAUCGAGGCCAUCAUAGGUGGCGGCGAAUUCGGCGAUGUUUGCCGGGGCCGCUUGAAGGUGCCGCCAAACUUUGUGCAGGAGAUUGACGUGGCGAUUAAAACACUCAAGCCGGGCUCAUCGGAGAAGGCCCGAUGCGACUUCCUCACCGAGGCGUCCAUCAUGGGGCAGUUCGAGCACCCGAACGUUAUCUUUCUUCAGGGCGUGGUGACGCGCUCGAACCCGGUGAUGAUUAUCACCGAGUACAUGGAGAACGGUAGCCUGGACACUUUUCUGCGCGCCAACGACGGCAAGUUUCAAACCAUCCAGCUGAUCGGCAUGCUGCGUGGCAUUGCAGCCGGUAUGACCUACCUCAGCGAAAUGAACUACGUGCACCGCGACCUAGCGGCCCGGAACGUGCUGGUCAACUCUCUGCUGGUCUGCAAGAUCGCCGACUUUGGGCUUUCGCGCGAGAUUGAGAACGCCAGCGAUGCGUACACCACAAGGGGUGGCAAAAUUCCGGUUCGUUGGACGGCACCUGAGGCUAUCGCGUUCCGCAAGUUCACGUCGGCCUCGGACGUGUGGUCGUACGGCGUCGUGCUGUGGGAGGUGAUGUCGUUCGGAGAACGACCAUACUGGAACUGGUCCAACCAGGACGUGAUCAAGAGCAUAGAGAAAGGCUACCGAUUGCCGGCUCCGAUGGACUGCCCGGAGGCACUAUACCAGCUGAUGCUGGACUGCUGGCAGAAGCAGCGAACGCACCGGCCCACGUUCGCCAGCAUCACACAAACGCUCGACAACCUGGCCCGGCAACCGCAAGUGCUCCUCACCACGCGUAAUUCGCCUGACAAUCCAGUCGCGCGAUUGGGUUCCACCGGCAUUGUCGAUGAUAUGUCCCAAGACAUGAUGGUCACCGGUGGUGCUGGUGGAAUCGGAAACAGUGCGCAACAGCAGCACCAGCAACAGCAACAACAGCAGCAGCAACAGCAGCAGCAGCAACAGCAGCAACAGCAGCAGCAGCAACAGCAGCUUCAGCAACAGCAACGCGUGGGUGGCAUGCUGCUGGGAGGAACGAGUGAACGCGUGCUCAAUAGUUCUGGUGGUGCGAACGUCGUUUCGUCUGGCAUGGGUACGCUCGGGUCUAGCCUGGGAGGACUGAGCAAUACGGGCACCAUGACCGGUGCCAGUGCUCCGGCGAUCUUCAUCAACACUGAUUUGUGGCUGGAAAGUAUCAAGAUGUCCCGGUACUCUCAGCACUUCAAGGAGGCCGGUCUCGUGACAGCACAGCAGCUCUCACGGCUCACUGCACAGCAGCUGUCCGAUAUGGGUAUUACACUGGUGGGCCAUCAGAAAAAGAUACUGCACCAGGCUAGGCAAAUAGACACAAUUAUUUAAGUCACUGGAUGUUUGUUAUGUUCAUAAAGCCCGACAGUCGGCUCUCUCAUUCAACCGCUCCCUUUGGUAUGGGCACUGUGUUCACUUUACCAUUGUGGUGUGUGGUGCAUCCGUGCAGCGGCAUCGGCGGUAGUGGCAGCAGCAGCGGUAGCUGGAAAACGCCAGCGGUAAUGACCACGUUAUGACUGAAUAAAAUCGAAAAAACCGUGAACGAAGGAUAAUCAUAGGUUAAAAAAAGAAAAACGCGACAGCUCAGGAACAAAAAGGUGAAAUCGGAACGGCAAUCGAAUGUUUUUGGUCCCCUUGAUGUAAGGAGUGUACCGGUUUUGAAAACUAUCAAACAAAAUUGGUCAUUCUCAGUCUCUAGUAGCCAUGUUCUAUCGAACGAUACCUGAUGUUUAUUUUGAUGUUUUUAAAUUCUAUUUUGGGGCGAACAAAUGACGCGUUCUGACGUUCCGCUUAGUUCAUUGCUUUCCAAGAAGAAAAUUUCCUUUUCCGGUAAUGCCCAGUGUAGCGAAUUUGCUAAAUUAGUUUCUUUACCGAUGGAGUUUACCGCACACCACGGUGUAGCAGAGCAACCCAGACUGUAUGCCGAAGCGGACGCCGCGUGCCUCGUUUCGCAGGCGCGUGCUGCUCUAUUUCGAUCGCCGAUCGCUAAUAUUCUUUAGGUCAGGGUCUUUCCGUGGGUGGAGUGAGUGAGAUGAGUUGCACUUAGGCAAUAGCAAACAAGCAGAACAACAAUUAUUAGCAAUUAAAAGUGGCGCUUGCGAGCGAACGAACUGCAUUUACCGACUGAAGGGAGCGAUAUGAAAUAGGGAGAGAAAGAAAGAGAGAGUCAUAUAUUGUAUAUGAUCUGAGCCCUGAGAUUAUGAUCUAUUGCGCCCUGAUAUGAUAGAACAACGGACAGAAAUACUCUAAACGAGAAACGGAGUGAGAUGGAACGAAGUGGGGGUUAUAUCAACAAUGUGAUUUUUAUACUGUAUAGCAAUAGGUAGUCGGUUUUUAAUUUCAUCGUUCUCGGAUUGUUUAGGGUUUAACUGUACAAUGCAUUCUAUUUUUUACAAUUCUGUUUGAUUCGGUUGAAGACCUCCCAAGAGAUUAGGCUCUCAGAACGAAACGUGGGACCGACGUCUCAUAUGCCCCCAAACGUAUUUUUUUGCUGCUAUGCCAUGCGAGUCUUCCUUUCCCACGUGUGUCAGAGAGGAUGGCGUUUAUUAUCGCUCGAUGCAUACAUGUAUCUGCAUAGGUAUAUCGGGUGUAUGCAGAGAUCAUUUUUUGGUUUCAAAAUCAACGUCGGCAAACAAAAACGGGUUUGUGUGUAUUGGAAGUUGAAUGUCAGUAGAAAUGAAAAUGGUAAAUCUUACAAAUUGAUCGUUUCGCGUACUAUUCGCUAGAGAUGCAUCUCUAAAUAUAACCAGGAAAUACUUAUGCAUACACCUAGCAUUUCCGCCCGUUCAUGCAACAAAGAAGGUUUACUUAAAUGCAUUUUUAAAUUACAAAACUGAUCGACAAUUAAACAAAGUAAAGCAAGCAGCAAAAGGCGUCAAGAGGCAAGGUCCAAUGUGUGAAAUAUGUGGAGCGGCAGGAAAAGGAGAACGAGGACGAGGUUAAUUGUAGAAAGGAUCAACGGAAGGCAGGGGAUGAGGCUUUCGCAGAAAAUAACAGAAUCGUUGUUAUGUAUAGCAUUUAUAUUUUAAUUUUGAGCCCUUAAUUGCGUGCAUUGGAGAUGCACUCUACACCAUUUCCCCCCUCCCCUUGUCUCGUAGUAAAGAAGUGCAGCUAGAGGGGAUUUUUCAGGGUCAGCAAAAUAUCGCUCCACUCCUGGGAUUAUUAAAUAAAUUUAACAUACUCUCCAACAUCAGCGCUUCACGCAGAUCCACAAGUGAAGCAGCUGCACGAGGCAGUAGGAGUAACAGCGAGAGCAACGUUUAUGUUCAGUUGUUUGCCAGCCUAGCUAAAUUGUCCUGAAACAUCUCAUUAAUAUUAGAUCCCGGUUUUUUACCUCGACGCAUAUCUCUCUUUUCACCUAGAUCGGGUCCUCGAUGGAGAUCCCGUUUUAUUUCUCGCUCCUGUCCAAUUAUUUAAGAAUAGUAUUAUGUUCAGUUUUGAAUAAAAAAAUAACAACUAAAAAUAUUGUGCACAUUUAACAAGCAACGAACGCAUGCGUGCUUAGAAACUCAGCGGCCAGCACCGUUGAGUCUGCCCUGCAGCGCAUGGCGAAGCAUCCAUGAAGCCUAACUCAAAUGCGGAUACAGAGUUUAGGGGAAAGCCGCAGCAUCCCUGCACAGCAAAACGGUCUCGGCAACAUUCAGUAAGUUGAGUACUGCAAUACUGUAAAAUAAGCAUAGAGCGAUAUAGAGAGAAAGAUACAAAAACAGAAAGAGAGAGAGAGAUAAAGAGAGAGCUCUAAAGGUUUCUGCAGCAGCAUGAUACAGAAUGUAUGAUAAAACAAAAUAUUGGCGUCACCUUCAUUACAGAAAUUGCUGGGCGAUAGAUAUAUGAUAUGGAGAAAAACGAAAAGACCAGCGUUCUAGAGCGAGCGCUCUAAUAGGCUGUAUAUAACCCACUGAGCUGGUUGAAAGGGUUAGGUUUAUUAUGGAAUACCAUUUCCUCUUUCUCCCUCCCUAUCUUCCUCUCUAACCCCCCCUCACAAACACACACACACACACACACAUACACACAAAGACGUUUCGUUUCGUACCUGCACUAGGUGGCAGACGCGAUAUGAUUUGUUUCACUGUUAGGUCCUCAAUUUGCACAAGUGGUCAGGAGUUGAAGCGGGAGAACAUUUUUAUCAAAUCAUCAUCAUUAUCGUCGAAAUUGAGAGCGUAAUUUGAGGCGACGUAGCUUUCGGUUAAAUGCUGCUGCUCCAUAGCUGCUGGUUUGAUGGAAUAAAGCGAAAUGCACCGAAAUGCACUCAGAGCAGCACGGUCAUGCUGUAUGCACCCCGUUCUGUUUGUUGCGGUAGGACUGUGAUCGGUAGAAUUGUGAGGGUGUACGAAAUGGGGGAGAAAGAGAGAGAGAGAGAGAGAGAGAGAGAGAGAGAAAGAGAGAGCGAGAGAGAGAGGGAGAGAGAGAAAGGAGGGAGGUCUUAGGCCGCUCCAAUACCUUACACGACACGUAUCAUCGAAUUCUUCUCUUAUAAAGAAAACUCUGGCCGUCCCGUGAAGAACUUCAACGAAUACAGAAGGGAAUGAAUGGCGAAUGAAGAGAACCCAUGAAUCUACAUGCUCUUCUCUGUAGCUUUUUCUCUGGUGCACUAAAACAAACUCAUAGAUACUUCUAUUCUUUUUGCUUUCCGAUUGCUUCGCAUUGCUUUACAUUGCUUUCGCCGACGUGGCAGGCGGCGCGGACGGUAGCGGUUUGAGAUUCAUUCGCGCUCGCUUCAACCGAUACCAGGAGCGUUCUAAUGAAUGAGCAAAGUCAAGGGUAAACCAAUAGCAGCAACAACUCACACAGAUAGUAGGAGUAGCAGCUAAUAGGGACGUAAACUCGUCAGCAACGGUGACACUGUUAUUCUGUGAAGGAGAAAUAUAGAAAAUACAGUGUGUGUGUGUGUGUGUGUGUGUGAGAGAGAGAGAGAUAGAAAGAAAGAGAGAGAGAGAGAGAGAGAGAGAGAGAGAAAGAAAAAUCAAAUGUGCUUGCUGGAGGAAUGUAAAGGAAAACGCAAAUACGCCAAUAUCUUAUAAGACUGUAAUUUAUAGCAAUAUCGGCCGAGCAAGCAUGUUAGCUGUUGAAACAAAGUUGUUGCAUAACAAUGCCAGGAAGAGAGAAUGAAAGAGAAAGCGCUAGUGAAAAGAAGAAAGAGAAAGAGAGAGCUAGUGCUGUAAGGUGAACAAUAGGAAAAUGCUGGUCAGCGAUGGUAACAACGAGGGAAAAGGACGAAGAAUUAAGCUUGCUUUUCCCAGCAUUAGUGUGUGAAACACACCGACCAACACACAACACACACUCACCCACACACACACAUAUACACAAACAUAAAACCUUACUUUGCGCAACGUUACACCUCGUGUCGUCACAGAGAAGAAGAAGCUAUUCGUUUGUAAAUUUCGAAUUAUGAAUGCUCAAUAGAUACAAUCUGCAUCCCCCCUCCCCUCCUUCUCCUCCUCGGCCUCUUUUCCUACACGAACCUCUUUCCAUCCAAGGAGGGGCUCCUUCCUUCUCAAGGAUGAACGAUGAUAGUAGCGCCCAUGUGGAGGUCGGGUUUCGCUUUCAUGCAUCCUUAUGCAAGUGUGUGCGCGCGCGCGUACAUGUAUGUAUGUGUAUGUAUGUGUGUAUGUUUGCGUGAGAAACAUAGGAACCGCCGAAGGAACGCCAGGAAUGGGACAAAAGGAGGUGGGGCGAAGAAGAACAAAUCAAUCAUCCGAAUCACAGACUACAAUUUCAAAUCGAAUUGUUCUGAGGACCUGUAAAGCUAAAACAUGACAACAGAUAACUAGAAUAGAUAGCGAGAUGAUCUGAAAUGGUUGAUUUUGGAGUGAACAAUUAACAAAACAAAACACAAAAUAUAAAUAUAUACAUAUGUAUGUACACAUUUUUAAACAACAAAAAAAAAAGGUGUAUGUAUCGAUAUAUGUAUGAAUUAGACAAUUGUGAAGGAUAUGCAAAAUUGUAAAUUCGUUUUAACAAAAAGAAAAGAAUGAAAACAAAGUAUAACAUACUUCUCUACGAGUGCGUAUGCAUGCGUAUGUGUGUGUGAGUGUGUGUGUGUGUGUGUUUUGGUGUAUCAAGUACGAUCGCAUUCUCUUCCGGCCUUGCCGUAGCGGAGUAUUUUUUAACAAUAUUUUUCGCAACAACGGGAAAGAAAGGAAGGACGGAACGCUGAUGCAGAUAAAAGCCAGAUGAAUGGGGAGCACCGAGGAUAAGGAUAACUCACUUUCUGGCGCAAAAGCAAUAACCAAUAAAUGCAACCAGCAAGGAGUAAAACAGGACCUUCCGCUAUGCCGUGCACAAUCCUUUUGUUACAAAUUGUUCUUCUCUCUCUCUCUCUAUCUCUCACAAACACACACACACACACACAGCGGCACAUACGAACGUUU